UCUAUCUUUCAUUGUUGUUACAAACAGAAUUCUCUUUUCAAAUGCUCUUUCUUUUGAAUUUCACUUUUAUUUUUUCACAGAUUCGCAAUUCGGAAGAAAAAACGGAAUUUGUGACCAACUCCACACCAAGAUAUGAAUGUCUCCUCUUUGAUUUGGAUGAUACUCUAUAUCCUUUAAGCUCUGGUUUAUCAGAAGCAUGCGCCAACAACAUCAUGGAAUUCAUGGUCCCAAAGCUUGGAAUAGAGGAAGACAAAGUUGUUGAACUAAACCAACUUCUCUAUAGAAAAUAUGGAACUUCAAUGGCUGGCCUUAAGGCUAUAGGUUAUGAAUUCGAUAAUGACGAGUACCAUAGCUAUGUUCAUGGGAGGUUACCCUAUGAAAACCUUAAACCGGACCCGGUUCUCAGAAAUCUACUUCUUAGCCUACCUUUUCGAAAAUUGGUUUUCUCAAAUGGAGAUGAUGUUCAUGUGGUGAAAGCUCUAAAGAGACUCGGCAUUGAAGACUGUUUUGAGAGAAUCAUAAGUUUCGAGACCUUAAACCCUAAGACCAACGAGGCUGAAGUUUCUUGCGUCACAGGUCAUCUUUCCGAAAAUCUGGUUAUCUGUAAACCAACCGAGAUUGCUUUCGAGAAAGCCUUCGAUAUUGCACAGCUCAAUCCUCACAAAUCCUUGUUCUUUGACGACAGUAUCCGGAACAUCCAAACCGGAAAAGUCAUGGGUCUCCAUACAGUCUUGGUUGGUAAAUCAAGAAAAGUGGAUGGGAGUGAUUACGCGUUAGAAAGCAUUCACAACAUGAAAGAAGCAUUUCCGGAGUUAUGGUUAGAAUCCAACAGCAACAACAACAACGAGAAAUCUAAAAGAAUUAGUUACGCUGCACAGUUCUCGAUUGCAACUUCUGUUGAAGCUUAAUCUACAUGUUUACUUAGUUUGUGAAGAUAUGAAUACAUAUAUAAUUAAUGUAUUAAUAAUAUGAUAAAAUAUCCACAUAUACACCGAUAUAUCGUUUAUUGUUUGAUGUAACGGUUGAUAAAAGAGUAAUGAUGUACAUGUGUAUUAUAUAUACACACACAAGUAGCAUCUGAAUAAGAAGUGAAUCAUAUAUUUUUCA